AAACAGUGUUGUACGCGACAAAAGAAUUAACCCGACGAUGAAUACAUGCUAGUUACGGGUGGCCGAAAUUCGAAUGAAAUAAUAGUGACAAGGUAUAGUGCUGAACGAGGGGGAAAAGGACGUCCGUGUCAAUAGCUUAAAUGCUCACAAAGCGUCCUCUGCAUCCCAUCUUGAAAUUUUGCCUAGAGGUUUAUAAAAGUAUUGUUUGUGCUUCUUGGUCUCAUUACGCUUUUUGGGCAUCAUUUCUCGUAGGAGAGUCGCGCGAUCCUGGUCCGGGUCGUUCUCAGGAAUGUAGAACCACUGAGCUUCAAGAGGCUUAUCGUGUGCAUCCAAGCCCAGACGAUCGACUCGACCGAAAACGUUAUGUGAUCCAAGAACGACUGAAAUUAUGUUGAGCCAACCUUCCCUGCUCCGUUGAUUGGUUAAAUGGGGAUUUUCCCGCAAAACAUCCCGCAGCAACGACGAUGCAGGCAUGGAAGAUGCACGAGACAGGGCCAUCGCUUGAAUUAAACAUCCGCACAUCUCGGCCUUUGCGGCUGAGUCGUCUUUCUCAUCAGAUACCGCAAGGGACGCGGCAGCAGGGCUUGCCUCCCGCGGUGAUAUGGGAGCGUAUUGAGCUGGCAAAGUGGAAGGCGUAUGCAAUAACGAGGAAGGCCACGUCAGGUCUGUCAGCACGGGCUCUGCGUCGCACCGAGAUGCAUUGAAAUCUUCAGUAGUCUUCUUGCUUCUUUUCGUCCGCGGUUUGGAAAUAUCUGAACACGAUGUUGAAGGCGUCGGCGACGAAGAGCGAGACGCCAUUGUACUUCUACUCCGAGAACGUUUCUUUCCGCACGUUCUCAAAUCCACCUCGUCAAUAGCCUCAGCCUUAAUAUCUGACACAGUCCGGACACGUCUGGCCUUUUUGAACUUUCUAGUGGGCUGGCCAUUCUUACGCUUCACUUCCCCGGCGUGUCGAUCAACAGAGCCAAAGCGGUGGUUCGACGGUCCGGCAACCGGUGAAAGCGUGUCCAGACUACUACUUCCUUCGGUACACGGCGUGUUCUCCGGAGAUUCGAGAGGUCUCGUGAGGUCGAUUUCAUCCGUCUUCGGGGAUGGAGGUUCAGAUAGGGGUUCGCUAAAAUUAGCAAUCUCACAACCAGACAGAGCAGGAGAAGAUAUUGGUGUCAAGGGUGCUGAGAAUAUUAGGUCAAUGGUUGCAUCCAUGUCUUGAACCUGUUCAGUAACAUUCGACCACCCUUCUUCCACUUUUGAUGAAAGAAUUAUAUCUGUCGUCGGGAGUCCAGUGUUGCCGCCUGCGAUGCGGUCGGAAGAUGCAUUGAUGACUUCAGAAGUACCAUACAAUAUUGCGGAACCCUCCGACACCACAGCGACAGCAACCUGUUCUUCAAUUAUGUCGGCAGGAGUGUCAUUGACAAGUUUCAAAUCUCCAGUUGAAUCUAUUCCGCCAACCGAACAGGUGUCGUGUGGUUCAAGUUUGACAAGAUUAGAUGGUAUGAUAUCUUGAGGGCAUUCAUGCGACACAUGGCAGACUUGGCUCUCGGGCAGGGCAGAGGUCGAAAUUGUCAGUUCCUCCUUUAUUUGGGGAGAAUCCUCCGGAGGUAAAGACAAUGCGCGGAUUUCAUCCUGUAACGAAUCAGGACACGGUGCAGGCAAAGAAUUGCUUGCGAUAUCCACGGCCUUUGACUCAACCGACGUAACGCGUACUUGUCGGCGAAGAUCGAGGAGUACCGCAGCGACAUCGAUUUCCCCAUCCAGACCUCUUUCAGUGUUCCUUGCAUCGAUGGUAUCGUCUCGGUGGACAAAGGCUGCUUCUGACCCACCAAGGGUCGUAUCAUUCUUGACGUUCACAAUCGUUACACCAAUUGGUCUACUGCAUUCAACUGUCGCAUCGUCAUCCAUGUGAAGUGGGUAGUCCUCUGAAUAUUCAGAAGGGUCGACAUCCGAGAUGAGACCUGGCGCACUCGCGCUGGAGCUUCUGCGCUGAGCCUUGAAUUGUUCGCGGCCAAAAUCAGGAGUAUGUAGAACGGAUCGAUCUUUGUAUGGGAGGUCUGGACCGUAGUUGAAAGCCACGUCCCAGAAUCCUCUUCGGCUGUCCGACCUCGAUGACUUUGGGCUUGAUGCGACUAACGGCUCAAUGGCGGGCGACGAAGGAGGCUCGGGAGUAUAUAAGGCACGAACUGGGCUGCUAGGGGCAACUGAGGAAGAUGAAGAGUAGUGCAAGGUAGGGGAAUAGAGCGUUGAGCAUUCCGAACUAAACCUGCAUGAGUUGACCGGUGACAUUGAGGAGUCAAGAUCGGUGCUGAAGGCGAGGAAGUCUGGGAUACCCUUGCGACGGUACUUGAGUGGAAGCUGCGGGGUACCUACCAUCGACGACGAGCGGGCACAGACGGGGCGGCACAGAAGCAGGGAGAAAUAAGAUGGUGGUAUGCGUUCAAGGAAGGGGAGGUAGACAGAUACCGCGUUCAGUGAACCAGCGUCACGUAGACCGGGUCACGUCCAAACAAGAGCACGUGAACGCAGCACCACCUGCCUCCACGCGUCAUUGCGUUAUUUUUAGACCGUCGUUGAGGAGAGUUUCGAUUGGCAACAGAGCAAAGACGACGCGCAGCCAACGACGUCGCGGGGAAAGGUGCAGAAAUUUAGAGUUACAGUCUCUGCCAUCAAGCACGAUACUGGACAAGCCGAUGUAUGUUUGCAUGAAUUGUCGAUGCUGAAUCUGAAUGCUGACUCAGGCCCUAAUCACACCUCUGUGCCAAUUGAGACUUCAUGGAAUGAUCUCAUCGUACUGCGUACCGGGCAGGGCAGCAGUGGAGCGAUCACGGAGCACAUUUCCUUGAUUGAGUAGAAAAUAAGUAUGAUGUAACAGAUGAGUCGAGUCGAGUCGCUUCGACUCAGUGAAUUAGAGGGUAGCAACGGUGGGAUUCCGUAGUUGCCGGAAGAUGAGAGCAUCGUCGCAGCUCUGGUCAAGAUGCAGUAGUCUUUUAACUGCACAGACAGUGCCAUUGUGGGGAGAUCGUAUGACGGUGCAAAUGAUUGCGAAUGGGAGGACGGUGACAGGAAGAGAUGGAAGGCGAAGUGAGAGAAUAAUGAAUGGUGUCUUCUGCACCGAUUUGGAGAGUGCACGACGAUCGUCCAGUAGCGGUCAACAUCCGCUCUUUUGUACCGCGCGCUGAGCUCCCAGGAGACCCUCGCCCACGACAUCAACAACACGGAGUUAGGGCUCUGCUUGACAUAUCCGGUCUAGCAUGAACGACCAAGACAAGCCGCCCAUUAAGCGCAAGCGAGUGACUAAGGCAUGCCUCGUAUGUGCUAAGUCAAGGCGCAAAUGUGAUGGGCAACAGCCUCUUUGCGGCACCUGCAAAGGUCAAAACCUCCAGUGCACUUGGUCCGAUGUGCCCUCAAGGCGAGGCCCUCCCAAGGGCUAUCGACGCGGCAGCGCCGACCCUUCGUCGCUAGGCCCAAAGAUCUUAAAAAUACGUGAACAUAUCCAGGCACUCCAGCUGGCAUAUGGCGAGCGUAUCGUGCUCGACGAGCUGCACAAGGCAAUUUUUGGAGACGGCCCGUGUGACGUGAGAAUUGAAGCAGAGUCAGCAAGUGCAAGUGCUCCACCAGAGUCACGCUCCUCAACGAUUGUUACUUCGUCAACCAGGAGGCCUAUUGGUUCGAGCGCUUCCGACACCAGUGGACAUGCCACUGCGAAGAACCGGAGCGAUUGGAGUCAAGACGAGCAUGAAGGUGAUCUGCGUCGGUGUUUCCUUCCCUCGUUAUUUUUACCGAGCAUUUGUCCUCUGCUAGAUCAUGCGCACUCAGACAUGGAUGAAGGUUCAUCUUCGGGCAUGGCAUUCCUUGCGACGUCUAUGCGUUAUAUGCAUACCGGAGGAGGCCCUCUUACUCCCGUAUCCGACAACGAGCGCAUUUCGAUGGAGAAAUACAGCCCUUGGGCCCUGCGUGACCACGUAGAGCGCCAUCCUCUUGUUCGUCGCAAGUCAACUGCAACGACCUAUAUCCCUCAACCUUCGCCCGAGGACAUCGAGAUCCUGCUGAAGACGUAUUGGGCAUCCAUACAUCCUCACUGGCCCAUCCUGUACAAGCCCGCGUUUGAUGCUGUCUCCAUUUUCAAGAUUUACGAGGAGGUCCCGCUGGCACUCCUAUAUGCCAUGUACGCGCUGUCGGCCCGCCUUACUCCGACGCCAGCGCUUGGUGUUCCAAUUGCGGAAACGUUCCGCAAAGUGGCUGAGGAUGAGCUACAAAGCGAUGGGGCAUUCCGCUCGGACAUCAACACGUGCACAGCACUUUUCCUCCUAAGUCUGUACAAUCACGGCGAAGGAAACCAAAGACAAGCAUGGGUACAUUGCGGUGUCGCGGCGAUGAUGGCACUUGACCUUGGUUUGCACAAAUCGGCGCAAGGUUUGCCUUUAGUCGAACAUGAACGCCGCGUCCGUGUGUUCUGGAAUAUAUAUGUUUACGAGAAGGUCCUGUCGUGUGAGAUGGGCCGGCCAGCGUUAAUUCGGAUGAUCCAUUGCGAUCCCGUGCGACUCUCGGAGGAGCAGUCAGACGAAUAUGAAACGGUCGUGCACCCUGGAACCUCUCGCUUUGGGCUUACUGUCCGGUUAUACACAAUAUCAAUCUUCAACGCGGCAGUUGAUUUAUUCCGUAUAUUCGAGCGCGUACUCAGUGAAGUUCACUCGGCGGCGUCGCCCCCAGCUCGUGCAACGCGGGAACGCCUCGUUGCGGAGCUUGACCGGGAGCUUGAGGAGUGGCAGAAAUCGCUUGGCCCGCGUUGUAAAUAUCCAAAGUCGGACGACCAAACUCCGACGAGGUCGUUGUACCUGUGUCAUGGCUGGUACCACACCGCUAUAAUCCUUGUUCAUCGACCCCUCAUUCCUCGUCCACGUGUUGGCCAAACAUUCGCCAGCAAUUACCAUCACAAGAAGGCUACGGAACAUGCAAACCGGUUAGUAGAUCUUCUCGCACUCUUCGCUGCGGGACAGGAAAUCGACAAGCUUCCGCCAAACGACGCAUACCUCAUCUUCACAGCCGCGACGCUCCAUGUGUUCAAUCUGACGCUCAAUGAUAAACAGCUACGCGAAGCAGCUCGUCCAAGGUUAGAACAAUGUGUUGAAUGGUUGCGGGGACUUGCCGAAACAUGGUCCUUUUCGUCGCAGUAUAAGCUUCUUCUUGAUGCCUUCUCGCAGGCAGCCUCGAACACCUUGAACCAUAGUCAGUCGAUGUCGCCUACAAGUUCGACACCAGUACAAUCGCAUCAGACUACACACCCUCAGCCGCAAAAUGUCCAUAAUGUCGCGUACCCGGCUCCGUCCAGUGGUGUUCCGUAUCCACUGCCUCAGAACGCCGAAGGCAGCAUGUCGCAGCAACAACAGAUGCAACAGCACCAACAGGUACAACCACCGAUGUACGCGGCGGAGUCGGAACAGAAAUUCACCACCCCGGAAUUAUUCUCACUCGAGAACUAUUACUGGAACGACUUCCAGACAGGCGUCAACCCGACGCAACAGAUGCAACAAUACUACGCUCAAUCGCAGAACAGCGAGGUGCCUACCCACGCUCAGGGCACAGCGGGCCAAGUUAGCGGUGUAUACUACGAUGUUCUUCGUCUUCUCCAAGAGGAAGGCAGAACGUCAUAAUUCUCUUUACAUCUUCUUGUAGCAACUUCUCGCUUUCGUUUUGAUACAUCGUUCUCUUUUCUUGUACGCUAGACUACAUAUCUGCCUGUGCCUCUUCUUGCUCUGAUAUCGUACGAUUUCCGGCUCCUGUAUUCUUCUUGCAAUCGUGUUUUCUGCGUAGGGCAAAAUUUAUAACCGUGCUUUCUUGUGACCC